AUGCGCUCACUUCUGUCUUCCACAAAAGAAUUCAUAACUUACCAAGGAUCUCUACCCUUCCCCGGCUGCUAUGAGACAGUCACAUGGAUCAUUCUGAAUCAUCCCAUACCGAUUUCUCCAGCCGAACUUAAGACACUUCGAAGACUGCGCGUUGCUCAAACACUGUGGUCCGGCUCCAUGGCUGAUAAUUUUCGACCGAUACAACCGCUGAAUAAUCGUUCCAUACGAACGAAUAUCAAUUUUGACACCA